AUUUAACUUUCCAUUAAACAAAGCCUAGAAUCAGUCAAAAACUUAUAUUAUUACAAGCGAACAACAUCUAACUUUUAUAUUGUCUUAAAAAAAUAUUCAAAAAUAAUAAAACACCAGUGUCGGUAGCAGAUCAGUGGAUCUCUAGUGUUCACCUAAAAAGUGCACUGUAAGAAGAAGUCUAAAAGUGGAAACCUUCAAUCAAGAUGAAUUUUCUUCAACUCUGGUGGAUUCUGCUGAUAUUCAGUAGUUCUGGAUUUGCCGAAAAGGGCAGGAAUCAGCAAAAGUCAGCGGAGGACAGCUACGAUCAACUGAUGAGCAAUAGCAAGGCGGUGGCAAAGCCCCAUCCCAAGGUGGAGGAGGAGUGGCCAUUCUUCGAAGACUUGGACAACAAACAGAAGCCAGAAGCCCGUGGACCUCGCAACAACGUACCACCCAAAAUUUGCCAGCCGAUAUCAAAGGUGUCAAAGGAUAACAAGGCGGAUUUGGAAAUGCAGAAGGCGGCAGAUGCCUGGUACCGCAAUUUUGUCAAGAACCGUGCCAACCGGAAGCGUUCGGUUGCUAACAAGGGUAUGGAUCGCAGUGGAACGAAGCCGAAGAUUAUGGGAAGGAGUUACGAAGCCGCUAGCCAGAAGCCCGAGUACUUUGAUAAACUCUGGCAGCCAAAGUACGAGGAAAUCCAGGAUGUGGAUAUGAAGCUGAAGCAUUUACAAGAAAUUCUCAAGGAAAAGGAUGAUGUCGAGGACAAGAAUCGCGCAGAAAUGACCAAGAAUAUUCCCAACAAGAACACGGGACAGGUUGACGACUUUAACGAUGCCUCAAUGCCAAAUGGCAACUAUGAUCGCACCCUUAACAGCCUGGCCUACAAUGUCUACCAGCACACCCAAAUUCCACAGCAGAAGGAGCUCUCGAGGUCCAAGAACGGGCUCAGGCUGAGAAGGCGUUGCAUGAAUCCCGAGGAAGAAGUAAAGCUUAUGACAAUAAUGCGAAUGCUGGACAAAGGCUAUGGUCCGGUCCUACCCAGCAGCACUCUCGCGGCCACUCGGAAAAAGAUCAAGGAGAUGGAGCGUUUGGAGUCUACAAAUUCUGAUUUCAGUCAGGAUUCAAAACACAAGAAAUUGAAUGCGGGCGAAAUAGCGGAGCUAACUAAUAGUUAUGACAAAGAAUUUUCCGACUACGAUCCAAUAUAUUCCUUUUACCAGGCAAAUAAGGCCGAUUUGCUGGGCAACGAGAGGACCAAACAUAAAACAAACUAUUUGGAUGGGUCCAGGACGCAGCUAGGCCCUAAAGCAUCCUCCAACAAUGCUCAAUAUAAGUCAAAUAUGGAAUUUGGUAAGCGGGCACUGAAGGUUCCAGAGACCGAUUUUGGACUUUAUAGUGGGCGAUCAUCGCGACUGAAGUCGGCCGUAGACGGUGGUUACCAGACUGACACAAUGCUAUUGGCGGGGCCAGCCAAUCAUGGCACUAACCCGGCUAAAAAGGUGGCAGAAGAUCCAACUUCUUAUUUAAAAUCUUAUCCCUAUGCGGUGGCCAAGCUAAUGGCCGAUGAUAUACAUUACAGGAAUCGCAAUAAGCGCCACGACGCAUCUGAACGGCGCAGUAGAAGAACUAAGAGAUCUCUGGCAGAAAAUGUCGACUAUAAUGGCUAUGAAGAAUUAUAUAAUUACGAUAAUGCUACUUUGGCACAUGUCUACGAUCCCACAAAGAAUGAGGUGCCGCUGAUAAAUAAGCGACCUAAGGGUGUACCUCCGAUUCUACAAAAGCAAGUGCUGCCACCCCAACAGCAGUUCCAGGCAAAAGUUGACAAAAAGCCAGCAAAUUUCAAGGCCAGCUUUAAUCUUAGCAGCUUCAUUGAUGAUAUAAAUAAACUCCAAAACGCUCGGAAGCCUCAACCUGUAAAGCAACAGGAACCUGUUCAGGAACCAUUUCAGGUAACCGUACAACAAGCGGUGACACCAAAGCCCAUCAUAACGACAUUGCCGCCGGUAAAGGCCUUCGGAAUCCGCCGGUUUUUUGGACCCUUCUUCAAGAAGCAGACCACGACCACCACUAUGAAUCCAGAAUGCGUGGCCAUUACAUCAUCUGAUAAUUCAACGACUGCAACUCCAGCCCCAGCCCCAGAUCCAAGUCCAAGUCCAAGUACAAGUCCACCAAGCUCCACCACUAUAACGAUGGAUAAUGUUUGCGACAGCCCCGAUUCCAUGAAGAUGAAUGUUUCCAUUAAAGCCGAUGUGUGUGGUGAUCCAAAGACCAAACAAUUCCACAGCAAUGGCUCCAUCAGUCUCCAGCCACCACCAUAUAAUGAAGCCAUCCAAAACGAGGAUGUUCCGCUUCAUUCGAGUAAAGGCGGUCUGGAUGAGGAGGAAGUUGUCGAAAAGGUAACCAAUAAUUCCAAGGAAAGGGCAACCAUUGAGUUAAAGCACAAGACCGAGGAGGAGCAAGGACCAAGAGUGAAAUCCAUAGAAAGGAUGCAGGACAACGCCAAACAUGCUACUUCCCGUAAUGUGGCACCUAAAUUAAGCCCAAAAAUUGCAAGGAACCCAGCAAGAACUGGAUCGGAUAAGUACGCCGAGCUGAUAUCGGGGCAACUGUUUGAGGACAUUUCGGAAGUCGUCUUAAAAUUUAUUAGCAAGGAUCCAGAUCUGUCUACACUAGUGCCUUUUAUAAAGCGAAAUAACAACGAUUCCCAAAAGCAGCCCUCCUCGUCCACGAACUACCCGAUUUGGAAUGAUAGCACUAAAAACUAUCAGCACGGCCAAACCUGUAUCCCGUUGCCCCCGGAUCUUCAAGAGUUCUACGAUCAAAUUUUAGUGACAGCGGAGGAGGAGAAGAAAAUUCGCAAGAAGACCCUGGAUGAAGCCAUGGAGAAGUAUCAACCUACAGAAUUUUCACCGCGCUUCAUCAAGCUCAAGCAGAGGGCGGAGAUGCUAAAGGAGUCGCGUGAACAUAGCCCAAUGCAAGGAUCUCAUUAGCAUAUUUAUUUUGUUUAUUU